AUGGCUCCCAGCGUAAGCCGUUCUGCUUUCAUUAAGUGUACCAUUUAUUUAUUAGUUUUGCUAGCUUUAGUGAUCUUUUUGUUCAGAAAUACACAUUCUUUAAGUUGGUUUACGUGGGUGGAUCAGACUGAUUCCUCGAUCGAAUCGCUUACCAUUUCGAACGGAACUAAGUAUGUGCUUCCCUGCAAGCUCUCCGCACCCGAAGUGAUUGAUUCGAUUGCACGUGCUGUUAGUGAUGAGUGUAAAAUUAAGCUAGCAAAUGCUGCUUGCAAGAAUGUGCAGGGAAGGCUUACGCCACGUGCCAUCGUGAGCCACUGUCCGCGCGGUGGUUACGUGCCGUACCGAUUCGUGGGAUGUUUUCGACACCAAAAGAUUCAGUUGAACAUCACCAUUAAGAUGAUGCCGGAAAUUUCUCCGAAAAGUUGCGUGGAUUACUGCACGCAACGUAAUUUUCGUUACGCGCAGGCUCAAAAUGGACAAUUGUGCUACUGUGAAGAUGAGAAACCGAAUCCUAAAUCUAGGCUUGAUGAUAGGGUGUGUAAUAUUCCUUGUCCUGGAAAUCCGACGCGAUACUGUGGAGGAGAGCACGAUGUUUCGGUUUUUGAAACAGGUCUUGCAAAACAUCCCGAGCUGCCAAUUAAGCUGUAUCCCCGUCCGCAGGACAAAAAGGUCCGAGUAGCGUUUCUUCUAAUGUUUCACAAAAGAAAUCUCAGACAAAUACAUCGUUUCCUUCGCGCUAUUUAUGACAAAAACCAUUACUACUACAUACACAUCGAUCCCAAACAACACUAUCUGUACCACGAGCUACUGAAGCUGGAGAAGCAUUUCCCCAACAUUCAUGUAACUCGCCAGCGGCACACCGUCGUGUGGGGAUGCUUUACACAGCUGCAAGCCAUGCUAGCAUCGUUGAAACACAUGCUCUCCCUACCCACGUGGGAGCCCGACUACAUACUGAACAUGAGCGAAAGUGAUUUUCCCAUCAAAACAGUAGCCAAGUUGACCGAGUUCCUUACCGCUAACAGGGGACGAAAUUUUAUACAAAUGCAAGGUGUAGCCCCGAUCGAUACUUUUAUAAGCGAAACAGGAUACGAUAAGAACUUCGUCGAGUGCGACAACCGGAUGCGGCUCAUCGGUGAUCGGGAGCUACCGGCUGGCGUUACGAUGAACGGUGCCAGUGAUUGGUUUUGUUUGACGCGUGAAUUUGUGCAGUACGUGCUGGACGAACGGAACGAUUUGGUGGCCGAUUUUAUGACUCUUAUGGAACAUACGAUCUUUGGUACGGAAAAUCUGUUCCCCCAAGUGUUGCUAAAUUCACACUUUUGUCAAACGCACUACAAUAGCGGUUUGCGGCUAGUGAGUUGGUCGCCUGGGAAUGGUUGUGCGAAGGAUCGAUCGAUCGAGUGGUUGGGUUGCAGUCCGCUUACGAUACGCCGUGAAAAUUGGCCACAAAUUCAGCAAUCCAUCUCCGAGACGGUCUACGCCGUGCGCAAAUUUAAUCCCAUCUUUGAUCAAACGAUCAUACUGAUGGUGGAAGAGUACGCCUUUGGAAAGUAUCCAUCGAAUGUGCCGAACUUGAACGCUUACUGGCAAAACGUGUACCAUCACGAAGAUGAGAAGCAUGAUUCGAGAAUGGGUGCCGUACUAAAUGUUGCGCACGUGCUGCUGUAUAUGAAUGCCCGGGCCAACGGGUACGCGGGAUACGAGGUGCUGAAAAUAUUGGAAAUAACUCACUACUUUAAUCGGGAUGCAUUCGAAGGGUUUCUUAUUCGUCACACAGCACUAAUUGACGGUCAUCGGUUAGAGUUGGAGGUGCUUGUUAAGCCUAAAAACAAAAUCUCUCUCAACCGAAAACAAGAGAUUCUCUCGCUCGAAACACAAACCAAACCCCAACGGUGGUUAAACGUAAAGUUGGAAGUAACGAAUGUGAUUGAUGUGGUCGAAAGUUUCCCUAUUGAUUUCGAUCGCGUACUAUCGGCUGGCAAGCGACCUACACUAGUUUUUCACCUACCACCUGCCAAAAAUGUAUUGGCAAAGCAAAACAUUAACCACACCGUAACCGUGGAUUGGAUCGAUCCGCACAAACGAUCGGUAGUGGUAGAACCGUACACGAUUGUCGAGGGUGAAGAAAACGCGAAUCAUUAUGCACUGCGAAACACCGCACUGCAAAUUCCACUCGCGGAAGGCAUUUGGAGUGCAAAGGUGGCAUUAAAUGGAAGCUAUGUGGGAAUGGUUGACUUUUUGGUAGUAUCAAACGAACCCAUCGAACUGCCUCGGUUUACUACACCAACGGACCAAUGCACCCGGCCACGUGGUUUCUUGGAAACGCUUAAAAACGUAUCGUGCACCAUCGAAAGCGGUGAAAGCGUACUGCAGAAACAUGCACGCUUUAGUACGAUUGUUCAGACGAUGUUUCAGCUUGAGAAUACGUGCCUCGCAGAAGGUGGAAUAGCAACGGAACAUUUUAAUUUGAAAUCACCGUUGAUUCGCUGUUCUGAUGUACUGUGGAGUACGCUUUCGCCAGAUCCAAAAAGCGAUAUUAAUUAUCGUUUAAAAAAGCGUACUUAG